AUGGAAAAACCCCGGCAAUUUAUGGCCAUCGGCUUCAAGAGGAGGGAGAAGGAGACCGAGCAAGAGCCGGAGAAGGAGAAGGAGACGAUAGCUGUGGGUGCACACAACCAACGGUUUCGACGACAUUCUCCCCCCAACUUCACACGUGAAGCACGUGGUGUGGAUGCCGAAUACACCAGGGAACACCCACAGUCCACAUCCCUUCCUAGGGCUGCAGCUCGGGCUCCUCAGUCGGUUUCUCCGCUGGGUGCUGCUCACCGUGAUCUAUCCGGGAGUAUGAUGGUAAACAUCCGGGUGAGACAAUCCCGGCCCAAAAAUUUGCUGCUCGCUGAUCACGGGGUCGGGUGUUCAUUC